GUCAAGAGGUCAAAGAAAGGUCCAAACCUUUGCUAAAAAGGAUCAGUCAGAGGAGAAUCUCAAGACCCUUUCAACCUUCCAAGGAACAAAUGAGGAGCUCUAGUGAGCACAAGAGAAUGAUGGAGGAAGAGCCCCGCAGAGGCCAGAAAGACUGUCCAGAGGACACAGGCAAGUUCUUUGUGGAAGUAGGAAUGUCAAGAAUUACAACAAUCGAGAAGGAGUGUGGGCGAGGCUUUACAUGCAAGUCAAAUCUCAUCACACACCAGAGGACACACUCUGGUGAGAAGCCCUAUGUUUGCAGGCAGUGCGGGCGAGGUUUUACAUGCAAGUCACAUCUCAUCACACACCAGAGGACACACUCUGGGGAGAAGCCCUACGUUUGCAGGGAGUGUGGGAGAGGCUUUACAUGCAAGUCAAAUCUCAUCACACACCAGAGGACACACUCUGGGGAGAAGCCCUAUGUUUGCAGGGAAUGUGGGCGAGGCUUUACACAGAAGUCAUAUCUCAUCGCACACCAGAGGACACACUCAGGGGAGAAGCCCUAUGUUUGCAGGGAGUGUGGGCGAGGCUUUACACAGAAGUCACAUCUCAUCACACACCAGAGGGCACACUCUGGGGAGAAGCCCUAUGUUUGCAGGGAAUGUGGACGAGGCUUUACAUGCGAGUCAAAUCUCAUCACACACCAGAGGACACACUCUGGUGAGAAGCCCUAUGUUUGCAGGGAGUGUGGACGAGGCUUUACAUGCAAGUCAAAUCUCAUCACACACCAGAGGACACACUCUGGGGAGAAGCCCUAUGGUUGCAGGCAGUGCGGACGAGGCUUUACCUGGAAGUCACAUCUCAUCACACACCAAAGGACACACUCUGGGGAGAAGCCCUAUGUUUGCAGGGAGUGUGGGCGAGGCUUUGCACAGAAGUCAAUUCUCAUCAGACACCAGAGGACACACUCUGGGGAGAAGCCCUAUGUUUGCAGGGAGUGCGGGCGAGGCUUUGCAUGCAAGUCAAAUCUCAUCACACACCAGAGGACACACUCUGGGGAGAAGCCCUAUGUUUGCAGGGAGUGCGGACGAGGCUUUACAUGCAAGUCAAAUCUCAUCACACACCAGAGGACACACUCUGGUGAGAAGCCCUACGUUUGCAGGGAGUGUGGACGAGGUUUUACAUGCAAGUCAAAUCUCAUCAGACACCAGAGGACACACUCUGGGGAGAAGCCCUAUGUUUGCAGGGAGUGCGGGCGAGGCUUUGCAUGCAAGUCACAUCUCAUCACACACCAGAGGACACAUUCAAGGGAGAACCCCUAUGUUUGCAGGUGGACUGAGUGA